UUGGCCAGCUCGCAGCUGAGCGCAUCACGUGACUCUUGUUUCUUGGAGAUGGCUGCCCUGACGAAGAGCCCAGAGUUAGCAGGUGGGCAGGACAGUAUUUUAGAGCCAUUGUGUUUUCCUGAGCAACUAAGUGCUAGUGGGACCCCAGCCUCCUCGGAUGAUGGAUGUAUGGUGAGCUGCAUACUGUGCUCACACUUGGCUCCCCUCACUGAUAAGGAUGGGCUCCUGAAGCACCUGGUCCUAGACCACAAGCUGGUCAUUGCUGACAUCAAACUUAUCGCUGACUUCCCAAAAUACAUGCUAUACUGGAAAAAAAGGUUUGCAGAGCAACCUAUCACAGACUUCUGCAGCGUCAUCAAGACCAACUCUGAGGGACCUGCAGAGCUGCAGGAGAACUACUUCCUCCUGUGUGACGUUCUUCCAGAGGACCGCAUCCUCCGGGAGCAGCUACAGCAGAAACGACUGGAGGAGGUUCUUGAUCAGCAGCAGAAGGAAAGGGAUGACACUGAUUUUAAGCGUACCUGCCUUUUCUGUAAUGAGGAAUUUAAUAAAAACAGAUCCUUGCUGCUCAAUCACAUGGCCAAAGAUCACUCUUUCAGCAUCGGCCUGCCUGACAACAUUGUCUACUGCACAGAGUUCCUCAACACACUGGAGAGGAAGCUGGACAACAUGCAGUGUCUGUACUGUGAGAAGACAUUUCGAGACAAGACGACCUUGAAAGAUCACAUGCGGAAAAAGCAACACAGGCGUAUAAAUGCCAACAAUCACGACUAUGAUCGCUUCUACGUCAUCAACUACUUGGAGCUGGGAAAGACCUGGGAGGAGGUCCAGUCUGAAGAUGACAGAGAGCUGCUGGACGAGGAUGAUGAUGACUGGUCAGACUGGCAGGCUCACCCGGUGUGUGCUGUGUGUCUGUUCUGCGAGCAGCAGGAGGAAACCAUGGAGAAGAUCUACACACACAUGCAGAAAGCUCAUGGAUUCGACCUCCACAAAUUAAAAACAGAUCUCAAUCUGAAGUUUUACCAGCAAGUCAAACUGGUGAAUUAUAUCCGUCGCGAGCUCCACCAGUGCCGCUGCUACAGCUGCCAGGAGAAGUUCAAAGCCAGAGCGGAUGUGGUGCAGCACAUACUGGAGUCAGGACAUCUGAUGCAGAUUCCAGAGGUGUCUCAGUGGGACCAGCCGCAGUACUAUUUCCCUACCUAUGAGAACGAUGCUCUCCUAACAGCCCUGUCCGACAGUGAGAGCGAGUCUGAAGGAACUGACUGCAGCUCUAAUGUCCCUGUGUUUCCUGAAGACAUCGCCAACCUGAAAGCCAUAAAGCAGAACAGUGUGCUGAACAAACUCCUUAAAGACCGAGGCGACUCCAGCUGAAGCCUCCACAUCACCUUCAUGCAGACUGUGAAACCAGAGUGGAAACAUGCAGGUUCUGAGCGAGGUGCUCUCUGUGAUAUAUGUUUAAUUUAUACAGAGGAACUAAGGGUUCAACAGUACACAAAGGUCAUGGUUCGUGCACAGCAUGGUUUGGCCACAGCAUGAAAGUUCUCUUAAUAUAUAUGCAGGAAUUGGGAGACACAGUCGUGUUGACCUAAACAUGGACCAAAAUCAGAACAAGAAGGAAUGUUUUCAACAUCUGAAGGAAGAAAGGCUGCUUUUGAAACAAAAAUUGAGGUUCUAUCACGUUUUAGCAUAGGUCUAAUUAAGAGAGUAUAUCAUUACUAUAUGUAUAGUUAUAUUUAUCAAUGCUGUCUCCAAAAUGGAAACUAUGAUGAAUAAACUUUCUCAACUUUCAAUGAA